AUGGAGAAUUACGAAAGCUGCCCGUCUAGCUUUUGUAAUCUACAAAACGAGAAUCUUUUCCCGAGAUCGAAAUUUCCAAUAUUUCGUGAAAGAGAUACCCCUGCCGCGCGCAAUGCCUAUACACUAAUUCAACCGGCGCUUCUCCUUAUGUCACGAAUCAUAAUUCAACGCUGGGAAUCUUUUGGCAUUUUCAUUCGGCGCCGACACUCAGGCCUCCCGGAUAUAUGGCUUGGUGCUGAUGUGGAAAUAGAAUUAUCAAAGGAUGAGACGAUUGGAUGCAUCAAAAACGCCAUUCCUGAUAUCGACUUUGAUCCUGGUACGCACCUAAAUUCUUCCCCAUUUGCAGAGACAACUCUGUGCCCCAAGGCGAUGUCAGAUCUGAUAACCUUGGACUACAAUAUUAUUCGACUCUUGAAGAAUUCGACUUCAACCCAUAGUCAGAAACUAGCAGGUCUGGUCUUUCUGGCAGUUUUACUGGGCAAUGGACUAGCCCAUGUAUUGGAGUUCCGUAGCAUUGGAGCUGGUCAACUACAUUCUGUUAACGAGCCAUUUAAAACAGCUCCUGGUAUAACCUGCCGCGAGGCCGGCACUGCUUGGGAAACUCGUACAUUCAGAGGUCGAGUUUAUCCAAUCUGUCAAGUCGAGAAUUCUUUACUGAACAUUCGAGGCCUGUGCAUUAAAUGCAGUGCAUGGAAUUUUGAUAUGAUGAAAGCGAAUGAGAACUGGUUUCGUCAACUUUUCUCAGAGUUAUAUUGGAUUAUUGCGCUGCACCCCCUACGGCCUCCAAUUGAAAAAUAUGCACGAUAUGCUAUUCUCGAGGACGAGCUAAUUGAUGAGCGAUGUGACUAA